AUGCCACCAUUGACAAGAGCUGGACAGACGGGAAGGGGCGAUGAUGAUCAAACAACCACAGGCAACGGACAGGAGGAAGGAUGGCUCAUGCAGGUAGUCAGGAUCCUCCAGCUGGCGAACCCAGCACUAAUGGCCAAGGAAGCGAUCAUGCGAGCUAUGGGCCUCAUCAGCAUUAGCAACCAGACCCCAUGCAGGGAGACUGAGAAGAUCCCCAAGGAGGUGUCGAGUGCCAUUGUGCACAUCAAAAAGCUCAGCGACAGCAACUGGCACACUUGGGAACCUACCUUCAUCAACUGCCUCCAAAGAGUACAUAAUGAGAAGGAGAUACUGUAUGGCACGGUGGUGCCUGGAAAUGAGGAAUACGACGAAGACUUGGAUAAAGCCCUCGUGGGCCUCAUCCACGCCUGCUGUGACAACAGUCCAGACAGCCAUAUCGACACCUACACCAUCAGGGGAGCGGAUGAAGAAGUCCAGCUCAGUAGCACACUCUAUGCCAAACUCAAGAAGGCACUAACACUGAACGACGCUGUAAAGCUAGGCAAGGAACUCAAUUCGAUCUGGAAUGAUGCGGCACACCUGGGAAAGCAUUUCGACGAGGACCUCAAGAAAUCAACUCUCUAUUGCUGCAUGGCCCAAGAUUGGUUCUAUGCCAACGCUGUCGACGCACUGAAGAUGGCCAGACCAGACUGUAAGUAUGAUGAAGCCUACCACGCACUCGCCAAGAAACAGCAGGAUGGUGAGGUCACUGGCUGUAUUAGAGGAGCAGCAAGGGUUGCCACAAGCACGGAACAGGGGAGCACCAACCAGGUGGAGCAAGGACCCAGGGGCAGGCGCGAUCCUCACAACCCCUCGGCCCCCCCAAAGUGCUACGCUUGUGGAGGACCUAAUCACAUUGCUCGGAACUGCACGAACACCAACAAUAACCCCGCACCGAGUAGGGAUGGACCCACCACCAAUCCAGCACAAGAAGCGACGAUUGGCGGGGAUGAGCAACCAACAUCGGACACCUGGAUCGUCGAUUCGGGUGCGAUGCAUCACAUGGUGAACGAUGAAAGAAUGCUGCUCACCUCGACAUGCAAGGACAGUCAGAUCUGUAUGGCUGGAAAUGAAAGGCUUCAAGUGAAGGCCAUAGGAGAUGCCUCCCUUCGGGUUGGCAAUGUAACCAUUCAGCUAUUGGAUGUGCUCUACAUGCUGAAACUUAAUUCUAAUUUAUUAUCAGUACAAGGCUUGAUCGAGAAUGGUGCAUGGGUAACUUUCGAUGAGUUUGGAACCAUCAUUAAGCAAAAUGACAGCACACAAAUACAAUACAAGAGGAACAGAAGAAAAGGGCGGUUCGAAGUACAGGGAAAGGCACUAGCCCUGGAGUUGGAAGAGACACUCGACGACGUCCCAGAGGACAACCAGAACACAGGAAAACUAGAUAAUGCCCCAGAGGGCAAUAAGGACAUGAAGCAUCGAGACAGCUACCUAUGGCAUGAGAGGUUCGGACACCCAGGAUGA